GCCGCGGCAGCCCUCCUAUUUAACCCGAGCCCCUAGGGUUUCGAUCGCCUCUUCUGCGAGCCCAAACCACAGCGGCGGCGGCGCAGGCGGACGAGGAGGAGGCGGAGCAGCAGCCGAGCCAAGCCACCGCCGCCACCAUGGGUAUCUCGCGUGAUUCGAUGCACAAGCGCCGGGCCACCGGUGGCAAGCAGAAGGCGUGGAGGAAGAAGCGAAAGUAUGAGCUCGGCCGUCAGCCUGCUAACACAAAACUGUCAAGCAACAAGACAGUGAGGAGGGUCCGUGUCCGAGGCGGUAAUGUGAAGUGGAGGGCUCUCCGUCUGGAUACUGGUAACUACUCAUGGGGAAGUGAGGCUGUUACCCGUAAAACCCGUAUCCUUGAUGUGGUCUACAAUGCAUCAAACAAUGAGCUUGUAAGGACUCAGACCCUUGUGAAGAACGCUAUUGUGCAAGUUGAUGCUGCCCCGUUCAAGCAGUGGUACCUUACUCACUAUGGAGUGGACAUUGGUAGGAAGAAGAAGGCCCCUGGUGCCAAGAAGGAUGCUGCUGAGGGACAAGAAGGUGAGGCCGCAGCUGAGGAAACAAAGAAGAGUAACCAUGUCCAGAGGAAGCUUGAAAAGCGUCAGCAGGGCCGCACACUUGACCUGCACAUUGAAGAGCAAUUUGGCAGUGGAAGGUUAUUGGCUUGCAUUGCUUCCCGCCCUGGCCAGUGUGGCCGUGCUGAUGGGUACAUUCUUGAGGGUAAAGAGCUCGAGUUCUACAUGAAGAAGCUCCAGAGGAAGAAGGGCAAGGGCGCUGCAGCUUAGAGCCUUCUCUUAGCUUGAAGGGUGGCCUAUUUUUCUACUGGAUUUUGUUAGUCGUCCAAGUGCUUCUAUGUCAUGCUUGCAGACCUACUGAAGACGCCUAUUUUCUAAAAAUGAAUCAACUCUAGCUUAAAAGAACCUUCAAAGAAGCGAGAUUUUUCACC